AUGUUUAUAUUCUGUUACAUUUAUUAUCCUUUUGAACAAGUUAUAUCUGAGUGUUUUCAACAAUUUUGGAAUUGGAUUACUGCUGAAUAUCCUGCAGUGACAUUUACCAGAUAUACACAACAAUAUUUGGAAGAACUUAAUUAUACCUAUCUCUAUAUUGGUACUGCUGACACAGUAAAUGACGCUCUACACAAUCUCAUUUUCAGUAUUCAAUAUAAUAUUAGAUUUGUUGAAUCUCCUAUAAUAAUAUCAGAAAUAAUCUCUGUACCAUCCUCUAUUACAUCUGAUGAUACUGACUCAACUAUCUCUAGUGAUAAUUUUAAUAAUUAUUUACCUAAUAAUAGUCUAUUAUAUACCAAUGAAGAUUUAAACUUAGAAAAUCUAUUUAAAGAAAUGGCAGCCAAUCAAGCUGACGUAUAA